AUGCUGUACAUGUGGCCAUACGCCUGCAUCCCACUGGCGUUUUCGAUCGACAGCAAACUCCGCGCAAGGUGGCUCCUGGAGGACGUCUCCAAGCCCGCCUCGGGGUACAGGUUCCGAGGAGCCAACAUACAGAUGGUCUUGACGUCGAGGGUGAAGAACGAGGCCGGGGAGCCGCACGAGCACACGCACGGCCGUUCGAGGAUGUUGGAUUGCACCAACCUCUGGCCCUUGGCCGUGGUCGGCCCUGCCGUGUUCGUCUUCGCAGCGGAGUGGAGCUCUGGCGUUGUAUCGGUGCUGCUUGUGUGCACGCCUUUUGUGUUUUUGACGCUGUUCUCGCUGACGCUGAACCAGGUGACGAUUUUGGUGAGCCUUUUGGCGUCCCCGGUAGUCUCUAUGAUGUACGCCAUCAUGAACCGCGGCCCGGGGAACAACCUGGUUCGCUCGAUGCUGUGGUCACAGGCCUUCAUCGCGCUUACGGCCGUGUCGUUGGCGUGGAGCGUGCACGGGGUAAUCACCCUACGCAAGACAGCCAACGCUGCCGCUGUAGCGGUUGCAGCUUCCUCAGACCCCAACGGCGUCGACAACGGCAGCAUCGACGACCAAAGCACCGCCGAUAACGGCGAUGGUAUUGACGACGACGACCAGCUGGAGCUUUCACAAAGAACGAUGGCGCAAGCGGAAACACCCACGCAUCUCCCUCCAGAAACUUGCAUCCUUAAGGCCGCGGAGGCAAUCCUGUCUGGACACCCGGGCUGUGUCGACGACGAAUACGCGGCCCUGGCGGCCCUCACCAAGACGGUUAGACAGGCUCGGCUGCACGGCUUGACAGUAGACACUCCCGUGCUGCAGACAGCAAACUCGCUUCACGCGUGGAGCAAGGUGAUAUCGCACCAGGGAGAAGUGGAGCGCGACAUACGCGAGACCGAUCGCUGGGGUGUGCUCGAAGCAAAGCUCAUCAGCAUGAACGCGGGCAUGCCCUCCAUGGUCGGCAUCAUUCAGGGGCUCCUGCUUGCCAUGUCGCAGCUGGAGGACAGUGCCGCCUACGGAAGCGGCCCCGUCGGGGCAACCUUCUACUUCUCGCUGAUCGCUUUCACGGCCUCGAUCGUAGCUUCCACCGUGCUGUUGGCCCGGAUGCUGACACUGAUCCACGGGGCCGCCCAAGGGCUCGCGAGCGCCGCAAAGAAGACCGACACCGCCAUGGAAACGUUCGUGGAUCUGAGGAGCUGGGGCAUUCUCAGGCACGGGGAAGUCGGUUGCCUCACACACAUUGCGGCGGGCCGGGGGAUGGUCAGGGCUCUCGAUUUCCUCGUGAGGAAUGGAGCUAACCCUUCCGCGGUGGACUCGACCGGCCAGACUCCCCUGGAUAUCGCCGAAGAAUCCGGAAUGAAGGAAGCUUGUGUGUAUCUCCAGGGAGUCAUCAGUAGCUCCAGCCAACAGCGGGAGCGCGACUUGUUAUCAACACCCAUAGCCCGCAUGCUCAAAACGAAGGUCGACCGAGCCAGGUCGCCGCGGUCCCCUCCUAGGAAGGCGAGCGACGACAAGAUCAGCGAAGCGCAAGGGGAUACCCGUGAGCGCCCCCUGGUCCACGGGUGGAGACAGGUCCGAAAAGUGGCGGGAUCAGCGGCACGAUGGAUCGGCAUGUCCGAAAUGGUCUCAGCGCGGAGGGCGAGCGGUAGGGUAGGCAUCGAGGUAAGGGCUACCUCCGCCGCCGACGCGCUCGGUGAGACUACGUCUCAGCCGACAACCGAGGCAUCAGCUGCGCUGCGGUUACCCCCCGCCCUCUCGAUCUCGUACUCCCGGGAUCGGUGUAAAGACGGCGAGAAUGGCGGGGUCCUAGCUCCGGUGGGUUCCUCCCCGUCCUCCUCAGCGCACUCCUCCUCCUCCUCGUUUUCGUCCCAGGCCGGACACGGAGACAAUGAUAGAAUAAAUAGACAUGUAUCGCCCUCUGCGAUGACACCAGGCACCAUUGCAACAUCACCAGCCGCAGGCGUUUGUCGAGAAGGGGUGGGGGAUACUGGUGAGACGAUGCUUUCGCCAGGACGGGAAGUUGCUCGUCGUCGAGCCCCGGAUGCGAUGCCGGGCGGGGACUUGAUUUAUGACCAACUUGAAAUGGUCAACGAUGACUCUGAACAACCUACCGCCGAAACGCCUAGUCGGCGAACGUCUUCAAGCACUACAAAGAGGAACGGGAGGCAGCGGGGUGGGACACACAUGGCAGGGGGUGGAGAAGCGGAGGCGGGAGAGGAAACGACGGCGGGAGGAAGAGCCGGGGGAAUUGACACCGGCGCUUGUGUUCGAGACGACCGGGUUCGUGGAAGGUUAGAGGAUGGCGCUAAUGCGUCUAGAGUACAGGAGGAGAGCGAUGAGGCGGAAGAGCGGAGCGCAGAGAGCGGAUCAUCUCGCCCGGCACCCCGGCGGUCGAGCGUGUCAAGCCGCUUGUCGGCGAGCAUUUCGGUGCUGUUGCAACAAAAUUUUUCCGGCGACGAGGGAACGCACGGCGGAGGCAGGGGCAGCGCGAGCGGUAGAUCCCCCCGAUCAGACACCGAACUGGUAACGACGGUGACCGAGGCGUUCUUGAGGUCCCCUCCCACGCCCUUGUCCACUACUUUGAGACGCCGGCUGAGCUCCACGAGGGCGACGUCGGGGCUCAAGAAUGCAGCCGCUGCUGACAACGGCGGGAAAGCAGCGACCUAUUCCCCGACGCAAGCGGUGCUGAAUAUCACCUGGGCGCUCCGCCGACUGCGGCCGCUCGGCACCCCCCGGGAGCGACGCGCGGCGUUCGAGGGCCUCCGGGAGUCUAGCCCAGUCCACAUCCCCCAGAUGUACCUCUUGGCCUUCGUCGACUUGGCGGAGCUCGGCGAGAUUCCGCAGCGUACGGGGAACCGAUUCUUAGGGCACGGGUCCAAGAGGCCGUUGGCGGUUUGCUACUUGGUCCAGAAGCUGGCAAAACGGCUGGGUCGUAAGCCGUACGAGUUUUACUUGUGGAUCGACUACGCUUGCAUCAACCAACAGAACCCCUCCGCAGAUCGUCUGGCGCUCCCGUGCGUCCUAGACUCCUGCGACUACAUGGUGUACGUAGAAGACGACGAGUACUGGGACCAGGCCUUGUCGAGGACGGAGCACUUUCUGUUCCACAAGCUGCGCCGGCUGCGGCCGCCAGCGAACGGCGCCAGCGCCUACGAGGAGGACGUGUUCAGCCUGAGCGCGGACGGGGAGAAGCUGAUGCAGAGAACCUACGCGGAAACCCGUGCAAGGUUUACGCACAACCCCGCCAAAGGCUCCCUCACCACGGAGACGGACCGCCUCUACCUCUGGACACUGGUGCUUGCCCUAGAGUACGAGGAUUGUUACAGCUUCACGGCCAACCUGCCGCCCCAGGACGAGACGGGGUUCAUGAAGCUCCUCCGUGAGGCAGUAUUCGUCAAUAGCUGCAUGGACCCUAGGCAGGCAGCGGCGGAGAUCGCUGACCGUGACGCUCAGAUGCAUGCUGAUGCGGCGGACGCGGCUACCGAGCAGGGGAGAGAAGGACGGGGGGAGGGGAGAACGACGGGGGUGCGGAAGGAACCGCGAGAAGGAGGGCCGCCCAGAAAAGGGGCAGCAGGAGUGGUCGUAGCAACAGUCGACAGCGAUAGCGACAACCACAACGCUGGUGACCACCAGGAGGGCUUUUCCGGGCCGGAAAUUGGGGCUUCUCGGAGUGACAAGCACAAGGAUCGAGAUGAUGGUAGAAGUGUGAGCGCACGCGACGAGCCUCGCAAUGAGGCACGAUCAAGGCUUUCGACAGAUAGCGGCCGUGAGGGGGGCGACAUAGAAACAGGGGAAGGCGUGGACGUCGUUAAACGCGAGAUGUAA